UGAGGUGUUUAUCUUUGAUGUAUGAAGUUUUAACCUGGACAACAUCCAGCAGAGACAUACUUGCUUCUAAUUGAUGGAAAUUCCUAGAAAAGAAAUGCUGAGUUGGAAUAGAAGAGACAAUGAAUCCAACUGCAGACCCAACAAGGAUGGGUUCCUCAUAUUUCAUUUGACAUGGUUGACACAAUGCAUUAACAUGGAUGAUGAAGCUCCAACCAUCAAACCUAGAAGAAUCCAGAACCAGAAUAUAGUUUAUCGACUUGAACGUCGAAGAAUCAGCACAGGAAAGCCAGGAGCCAGCUGGUAUCAAGUCCGCUGCUUUCAUCAAAACUUGUUCCCUAACUUCACAGUGGUCAAUGUAGAGAAACCACCUUGCUUUUUGCGUAAGUUUUCUCCUGAUGGGCGUUGCUUUAUUGCAUUCUCUUCUGAUCAGACAUCUUUGGAAAUCUAUGAGUACCAGGGUUGCCAGGCUGCAGAGGAUCUUUUGCAGGGGUAUGAUGGGGAGAUCUUGGCCAAUGGAAAUGAUCAGCGUUCGGUCAGCAUUAGAGGGCACCUUUUUGAACGCUUCUUUGUGCUACUUCACAUAACAAAUGUUGCAUCCAAUGGUGAGCAUUUGAAUCGUGAAUGCAGUCUGUUCACAGAUGACUGCCGCUAUGUUAUUGUGGGUUCAGCUGCCUACUUACCAGAGGACCCACAUCCCCUUUUCUUUGAAGUGUACCGCAACAAUGAGUCUGUGACACCUAAUCCAAGGUCACCAUUAGAAGACUAUUCUUUGCACAUCAUUGACCUACAUACUGGUAAACUGUGUGACACAAGAACGUUUAAGUGUGAUAAAAUCAUCUUGUCACACAAUCAGGGCCUGUACCUCUACCGGAACAUACUUGCUGUCCUUUCAGUGCAGCAGCAGACCAUACAUGUUUUCCAGGUAACUGCAGAAGGCACAUUCAUCGACGUACGGACUAUAGGCCGGUUCUGUUUGGAAGAUGAUCUUUUGACCCUCUCUGCAGUUUACCCUGAGGUACAAGGUGAUGGGCAAGCAGGAAUGACUCGCUCAUAUAAGGAAAUGAGCAUAAACUCAUUAAAACAUAGGUUGCUUGUGUAUCUUUGGAGAAGGGCAGAGCUUGAUGGUAGUGCUAUAGCCAAGAGACGCUUUUUCCAGUAUUUUGAUCAGCUGCGACAGCUUCGAAUGUGGAAAAUGCAGUUGCUGGAUGAGGACCAUCUCUUCAUCAAAUACACUAGUGAAGAUGUUGUCACUCUGAGAGUCACUGACCCUUCACAGCCUUCAUUUUUUGUGGUGUAUAACAUGGUAACCACUGACGUCAUAGCAGUGUUUGAGAACACCUCUGAUGAGCUACUGGAGUUAUUUGAGAAUUUCUGUGACCUCUUCAGGAAUGCAACUCUACACAGUGAAGCAGUCCAGUUUCCUUGCUCAGCAUCUAGCAGUAACUUUGCACGGCAAAUACAACGCAGGUUUAAAGAUACAAUAGUGAAUGCAAAGUAUGGUGGCCACACAGAAGCGGUAAGGAGGUUGCUGGGGCAACUUCCUAUUAGUGCCCAGUCCUACAGCAGCAGCCCCUACCUUGAUCUCUCCCUGUUCAGCUAUGAUGACAAGUGGGUUUCAGUUAUGGAGCGACCUAAGACCUGUGGAGACCACCCAAUUCGGUUUUAUGCCAGAGACUCUGGUCUGUUGAAAUUCAAGAUCCAGGCAGGAUUGCUGGGUAGACCAAUUAAUCAUACAGUGCGGCGUCUUGUUGCUUUCACCUUUCAUCCUUUUGAACCUUUCGCUAUAUCAGUGCAGCGAACAAAUGCAGAGUAUGUUGUUAACUUUCACAUGAGACAUGUUUGCAGCUAGCAUGUGGCAGGGAGAAGAGGGCAGAGACAAAAUGGUUAUGUUACUGAGUAUGACAUAUGCCAUUGUAUAUAAGCCUCUCAGAGUACUGAAAGUUUUUUUUUUUCCUGAGUUCUGUUUUCAUUUAAUUUCAUUAUAUAUAAAGUAUGCAUACUUUUUAUUUAUAAUAAACAUAAAAAAUGGAAGUAUUUUUGUAUGGUGUUGGUUUCAUCUCUUCAUUGCACUGCUUGCUGAAAUAGUCUAGCUCAUGAAAGCACUUGUAUUGAGCAUUUUACAAAGGAAUUUCUAUCCUGUAGAUGUGCUGCUGUCACAAUACCAGCUCAACUUCUCAUUGAUACUGGAAGCUGAAACUGUUCUACUUGUUGUCUGGUACAAGCCGUGCAUAAGAUUUGCUGUGAUUGUGCAUUAACAUGUCAACAUUACCUUGUUUUUGUAGACUGGAAUUAUUGAAUAGAUAUUGCUGUACAGGUGUUAUGCAUAAAGUGUUUACAUCUUGCUGAAAUUGUAUAAAACUGAUGUAAGAAAAAUAUAAUGUUGGAAAA